CAGAAAGGCGUCUAAUUUAGAAGGCUACGAGAAAGGUAAAGAAACACUUGACGUCAGAAGUUCAUGCCGACCAGUGUCCCGAUACACAGCGUAGUUCAGGAUGUCAGACCUAAAACCACUCACAAACCGGAAGAAUAUACCGGAGGAAAGCUCUGGGGCGUACAAACCACUCUCAUUAAUACCAGAAGUGGGUAGAUUCGCAUUGUCUGGGGGGAUUGGCAAUACAAUCUUCUUCAAGCUGAACCAGUACUUAUUCCAAGAUGUCGGUAUAUCUGGAAGUAUUAGUUGGACACUGGCGUAUCUCUUGUCGAUCCCUCUGCAACAGAUACUUCAUCGGCAUAUAGUCUAUCUGGGAGUGAAAAACGGGACCAGCUCGUAUUUCGUCGAGUUGUUUAGGCUGUAUGUGAGCUACUCCAUGUCAAUAGUCGUCGGACUACUUCUGAGCUACGUCAUGGAACAGCUUGGAGUCGAUCAUGAUGUCGCCUGGGGCGUGAACGUCAUCGCUACUGGGAUAGUUUCCUACGUGAUGGUGAACAGGGCUAUGGGUAAGCAGACAACCGAUUGAGUUAUCUCUUGGAUCUCUCGAUAUGGUAUAUGAACCUGACUAGUAGUCAAGAAACCCCGUAGUCGAUGAGUAUGCUCUGUGUUAGGAGCUGACAAGUAUCAUACAGCAAGCGAGGUCGACAACGUGCUGGACACUCAAACAACAUUUCAUGCCUGAACUUGAAGGAAAAGUUGGACAUAGAAUCUCCGCUUUUGAGAACGGCCUGUCAUUUAGACAGUGUCGAAUUUUAGAAGUGGAUAUGUACCAUCAACUCCAAAUAGCCAAAUGUGAGGUGCCGCGAAUUUCGCAAGUUUCGCAUUCCUUGACUUUAAUUUCACCAUCGAAGCUGGUGGCACACAUAAUAAAUAAAUUUAGGAACAAAUGUA